GUCGCAAAACGUCGCGACCGGAGCGCGAUGGCGGCGCCGGGCCCCGUUGGGGCCGGGCCGGGGGGUCCCGGGGGGGGGAACUCGGGGAACGGCGGCCCCCCCGAGCUGCACCCCCGUACCGGGCGCCUCGUGGCUUUGGCCCCCGGCGGGCGGAGCGCUGCGAGGGCUCAGCCCGGGCAGGAGUUCAACCACGGGCUGGUGCUGAGCCGGAGGCCGCUGGUGCCGGGCCGCGUCUUCUGCGUCCGCAUUGACCGCAAGGUGAACUCGUGGAGCGGCUCCAUCGAGGUGGGGGUGACGGCGCAGGACCCCUCCACCCUGGAGUUCCCCAGCAGCGCCACGGGGCUGCGGGGGGGGUCGUGGGUGCUGUCGGGGCGUUCGGUGCUGCGGGACGGCCGUUCCCUCCGCGAUGAUUUCGGACCCGACCUCGACGCCCUGAGCGAGGGGGACCGGGUGGGGGUCCAGGCCACGGCCGGGGGGGAGCUGCGCCUGUGGGUCAACGGGCGCGACUAUGGGGCGGCCGCCAGCGGGCUGCCCCCCCGUGUCUGGGCCGUGGUGGAUCUGUAUGGGAAGUGCACGCAGGUGACGGUGGUGGAGGAGGAAGGGGAGAGCGGUGGAGGUGGGGAGGGGGGGGCGGCGCUGCCCCAGGAGGAGGAGGAGGAGGAGGAGGAGGAAGAGGAGGAGGAUGGAGAAGAGACCCCUGCGGCGGCGCUGGAGGCAUUGCCCCCCCCGGCCCCGGCCUCCCCCCACCCCCAGAGCCGCCCCGAGCAGUUCCCAGACAACCUGGAGACCCCCGAGGGUGCAGCGUGGACAGGGCCGGGGGUGGGGCCGUCGAAUGAAGCACUGCUGUUCCACGAGAAGUGUGGGGCCCUCAUCAAGCUGAGCAAUGGGCACAAGACGGCCGAGCGCCGGCGCCCCCUCGACGAGUUCAACAACGGCGUGGUGCUGACCAACAGGCCGCUGCGUGACGGGGAGAUGUUCGAGAUCCGCAUCGACAAACUGGUGGACAAGUGGUCGGGCUCCAUCGAGAUCGGGGUGACAGCACACAACCCCAACAGCCUGGAGUACCCGGCCACCAUGACCAACCUGCGCUCCGGCACCAUCAUGAUGAGCGGUUGCGGCAUCCUCACCAAUGGCAAAGGGACGCGGCGCGAGUACUGCGAGUUCAGCCUGGAUGAGCUGCAGGAAGGGGACCACAUCGGGUUGACGAGGAAAGCCAACAAUGCGUUGCACUUCUACAUCAAUGGCGUCGACCAAGGGGUGGCCACGACGCUGACCCCGCUGGUGGUGUACGGGGUGGUGGACCUGUAUGGCAUGGCAGUCAAGGUGACCAUCGUCCACACGCACAACGCCAGCGACCGCCUGCGCCGCACCAACGCCAUCCUGCGUGCCCUGUCCCCUCCCUGUCCCCCCCAGCAGACCCCCGCCACCAACGCCGGGCCCCCCCUGACCCCCCCAGUGCCCCGCCUGCAGUUCCACCCCAACUGUGGGCAGAAGGCGGCUGUGGUCAAUGAGGGGCGGACGGCGCUGCGGCCGCAUGCCACGGAUGACUUCAACCACGGCGUGGUGCUGAGCGCGCGGGCGCUGCGGGACAACGAGCUCUUCCAGGUGCGCAUCGACAAGAUGGUGGACAAGUGGGCCGGCUCCAUCGAGAUCGGGGUCACCACGCACAGCCCUGCGCACCUCCAGCUGCCCUCCACCAUGACCAACCUGCGCUCCGGCACGUGGAUGAUGACGGGCAACGGGGUGAUGCACAACGGGACCACCGUCCUCGAUGAGUACGGCCACAACCUCGACCGGCUGAAGGCAGGUGACACGGUGGGGGUGGUGCGGCGCGACGAUGGCACCCUGCACUUCUUUGUCAACGGCGCCGCGCAGGGCCCCGCAGCCUGGAAUGUGCCCCCCAAUGUCUAUGCUGUGGUCGACCUCUAUGGGCAGGCAGCGCAGGCCACCAUUGUGGAGGAUGGGGAGCUGCCACCCGAGCUGUCCCCAGGGGGGGGGUCCCCUCUGUCCCCUCCGGCGCCGUCCCCCGGGGGGGGCUCAGAGCUGCGCUUCCACCGACGCCAUGGGGCCAACGCGCUGCUGACCAACGGCGGCCGCACCGCUCUGCGCCAGAACUGCCGCGCUGAGUUCAACGACGCCAUCGUCGUCUCCAACCGAGCACUGCGGGAUGGGGAGCUCUUUGAGAUCGUCAUCCAGAAGAUGGUGGAUCGCUGGUCGGGGUCCAUUGAGGCAGGUGUCACCGCCAUCCGCCCCGAGGAGCUCGAGUUCCCCAACACCAUGACCGACAUCGACUACGACACCUGGAUGCUCAGCGGCACGGCCAUCAUGCAGGAUGGGAACACCAUGCGUAACAACUACGGCUGUGACCUGGACUCGCUGGGCACGGGGUCCCGCAUCGGGAUGAUGAGGACGGCACGGGGCGACCUGCGUUACUUCAUCAAUGGGGCCGACCAGGGGGUGGCCUGCUCGGGGCUGCCGCCGGAGGUGUACGCAGUGGUGGAUCUGUAUGGGCAGUGCGUUCAGGUGUCCCUCACAGGGGGCAGUGGCCCCACAGACAACAGCCUGGGGCCCGGCCCCCCAUGUGACAAGGGGGGGGGCACCCCUACCCCGGCGCCCGCCCCCCGGCACCGCUUCCACGCCAGCUGUGGGCAGAACGUGGCGCUGGCGGGGGAAGGGCGGAAGGCGACGCGGGUUGGGGGCUUCAACCACGGGGUGGUCUUCAGCCGUGGGCACCUGCGGGCAGGAGAGCUCUUCGAGGUGCGCAUCGAAGCCCUGGAUGAGCGCUGGGCCGGCUCCGUGCGGGUGGGGCUGACGGCUCCCCCCCCAGGGCAGGGCCCCCCCACCCACCCCGCUCUGCCCCCCACCCUCCUCGACCUCCCUUCACCCCCCACGUGGUUGGUAACGGGGGCUGAGGUGCGACACAACGGGACCACCGCCCGCCACAACUAUGGGGUCAACCUGGAGCGGCUGACUGUGGGGAACCGUCUGGGCGUGCGGCGCGGCGCCGACGACUCGAUGCACAUCCUGGUGGAUGGGGAGGAUAUGGGGCCGGCAGCGUGCGGCGUCGCCAAGAACGCCUUCGUGGCCCUGGAUCUGUACGGGCGGGUGACGGCGGUGUCCAUCGUCAGCGCGGGGGGGUCCGAGGGGGGGGCCACCCCCAGCCCCUCCCCCACCGCCACCCCAUCCCCCACCGCCGCCACCCCCCCAUCGGCCCCGCCCACGCUGCAGGGCAGCCACGGCCGCAACAUCCUGCUGUCCAAUGGGAACCGCACGGCCACGCGGGUCGCCAGUUACAACCAGGGACUGGUGCUACUGGGACAGCCUCUGCCGCCUGGGAAGCUCUUCCAGGUGCAGAUCGAUGCGCUGAACCCUCAGUGGAGCUCCUCGCUGUCCCUGGGGGUCACUUCGUCCCCCCCCGAGCGCUGCCCCCUCCCCGCCUGCGCGGCUGCCAUCAAACGCUCUGCCUGGCUGCUGCAGCGCCGCAGCGUCUUCCACAAUGCCAAAAAGAUCUGCGACAACUACGGCCCCAACCUGGACCUGCUGCCUGCAGGGACCGUCCUGGGGCUGCUGGUGGAUUCGGGGUCGCGGUUGCACCUCUACGUGGACGGCCGGGAUCAGGGGGUGGCAGCGGGAGGAAUCCCACAGCCCUGCUACGUCCUGAUCGACCUGUAUGGGCAGUGCCAGCAGGUGACGGUGGUGUCCGAUGGGGACGAGGUCGGGGCAGCACGCGCCCGUGGGGACGUGGAGAAGGCGGACGUGGUGGAUGGGAUGAAGGAACCGCGCUGGGCCCCGCCCCCGGAAGCUCCGCCCCCUCCAUGCCCAUACCAGGCGCUGUGCGCGCGCUUCAAGGAGCUGCUGCUGCUGCCCGAUGCGUUCUUCUCCCCUGACCCCCCCCGUGGGCGCUGCUUCUGUGAGCGCUGCCACCAGAGGAGGGGGGGGGAUGAAGGGGGCGGGCGGGGGGGAGGCCGUGACCCCCCCGCCCCAUUGGGCUGGUGCCGUUAUGGGCUGAGGCCCCGCCCCCGGGCUGAGCCCGGCGCCCUGUGGGCGAAGUGGCCGCGAGCGUUCCUGGGGACGGACGCAGGGAGUGUGCGGAGAGCGCUGGAUCGGGGGGAGCCCGUGCCAGGCCCCGCCUCCGUGCUGUGCCGCCCGACCAAUGAGGAGGUGGGAGGGACGGCCCCGCCCCCCGGCCCCCCCCGCCUGGUGCUGUCCCCGGCGCUGCCCUACGCCGCCCUCGAGCCCUUCGCCACCAAAGUGCACUUCCGGGACCCCGGCUCACAGCAGGCGUUGGGGGCACGCGUGGCCUUCGAGGUGUUGCUACGUCCCGGCUCCUUCCGGCCCGGCCCCCCCUCGCUCCGCCCCCCUGCCGGUUUAGCCCCGCCCCCCGGCCUUGACCCCGCCCACCUGGAGUGGGUGACGCGGGAACCGGGGGCGGCGGUGCUGUGCGGGUUGCUGGUGCGGGUGGAGUGAGCGGAAAUCGGGGGGUUUUCACCCAAAAUGUUUGGUCAGAGGACACAGCGGGGAGGGCGGAAUGUAGAGGGGGAAUCAUGGCUGCGAGACUCCAAACAAUGGGGGGGGUGGGGGGAGGAGGGGUAUGGGGGGGGUAUGGGGGAAGGGGUGGAUGUGGGACCCUCCAGAAUGGGGGAAUUCACCCCAAAAAUGGGACCCUAUCCCCCUUGAAAUAAUGUGAAACCCCCUGAAAAUGGAAGUCCCAAAAGUGAGGAGGUUCACCCCAAAGUUGGGGAGCCAAAGGUGUGAGAGUGCCUCAAAAAUGGGGAGACGGCAACAAAUAUGGGAUCCCCCCCCCCCCCCCC